UGGAAACAGGUGGCACUAUUUUCUUAAUCAUUCAAUAUUUGAUAACAGCAAAAAAACUGAUGAUGGAGCGGAGAUUACUUUGAUCAACUAAUGGCACUUUUCUUGACAUUUUGACGUUUAAUUAAACGGGGAGGUUGCCAGAAAGGACAGAAAAUCUAGUAAAGAAAAACAUCAUUUGUUAAGAUUGAAUGAAAAAGCCGUAAGAAAAGUGACACAUCUGAAUGGACUUGAAUUUUCGCUGGGUUAAGGAAAAUCCGCGAGUAAGAAUCAAAGGCAAUUAUAGUGAGUCAAGCUACUUAAAACGCUACUCUCAUUAAUAUACUUUCAAGGAGCAAGUUCUUUGCUUUCAUCUCUUUAAUUUUUACCUCAACGAAGUCUGGAUGAUGUAAGUGAAAAACUCUAAGCAUGGCGACGCACCGUUUUCACAUCAAUGAAAUACCAUUUGAAGAAAUUCGUCAGAUUUCUUUGAAGAUCUUUUUCUGGUGAGCAAGCAUCGGGCGGAAAUUGUUAUUCAAACAUUGACUCCUUUCUUUAAAUUCAAUCCGACCGUAAGUGCGAGCUCAUUUUAAGCACUUCAGUAUCUUAGCCUAAGUGUCUUUCUACUAAACUAUGAACUACUCCGCAGCUCCUUCAGUUACUUGGUCUUCCGUUGGCAAAGCCAUUCCAAUGAUAUGCAUCUCGCUGUUGGCUUUAGCUGGUAACUCCCUAGUUGUCUUUUCUGUUGCGACAAACAAAGUCAUUCGGCGAGUGCCAGCCAAUCUACUUGUCUUGAAUCUAGCCGUGACGGACAUGGCAGCAGGUUUAAUCUGCAUUCCUCUUUCCUACAUCACCGUGCUCUGUAGCAACAAAUGGAUUUUUGGGGAAGCUAUCUGCCAAGCGGAGGCUUUUGUCAUAGUUUUACUCUCCAACGUAACUUUGUUGACUUUAUCUAGCUUCAGCUGGUACAGAUAUAAAACCAUCACCUCUCACUAUAAAUAUUCCAAGUUUGAAUUAUGGAGAUUGGUCAAAUGUAUGGUGAGCGCUAUAUGGGGUAUAAGCUUCCUUCUCGCCCUCCCCCCUGCGUUUGGGUGGGGCGAGUUUUAUUUUAGUUCGAGUAUUUCCACGUGCUCGCUAAACUGGUCCAAAGACAUGUCUUACAGUGUGUUAAUACUUGUGUUGCUAUUUAUCAUACCUUCCUCUCUAAUGACAGUGUUUUACCACAAGAUUAUGAAGUUUGUUCGUCGGCAUAAUAAUAAUUUUCGUUCCAGGAGAGCAUGGUGUAAUACCAUGGAUAGUCAGUUGAGCUGCUCCAACGUGGAUCAGAUUAACAAAGCGCCAGAAGUAAUCAUUAACGUUCCUGAUGUUAGCGUUCAGAGUGGUGCAACCACACUGACCGCUGAAACAGGGACAACUUCUAGAUCGAAGUCGCAUGUACGAGUAGUAAACGUUAUACCUUCAACAUCUUCAGGACUGGCUCCAUUGGAGACACUUGGCGUUGAAGACGCAACAGUCCUCGAGGACACCAUCAGCCAAACAUCUCGAGUCAUAUCUCCCACUUUAUCAGAACAAUCAGCUAUCGCACGGUUCGGCGAAACGCAGAAACGACUUCAUCAACAAGAGAAGCUUGUUAAAGUAUUGUUGGUGACUAUUUUAGCAUUCAAGGUGUGUUGGUUUCCUUUCGCUGUUUACAGCAUCCUCGAAACUCUCGACCUACAUGUAAGUGAUUCUUCAUUGUUUCCUCUAGUGGCAGUAUGGCUGGCAUUUUCAAACACUAUUUGCAAUCCGAUCAUAUAUGCAUUCUUGAAUAAGCAGUUCAAAAUGGCAUUUCGAGAUGUACUCCGAGCACUGUGUCGAGUUCAAAUACGCAGUAAUACCGUGCAGCCACACUCAGUGAUCCGACCAUAGCAAUCUUCCUGCGCUGAUCUACUUAUCGGAUGCAAGAGAUUAUAAUCUCUAGUAGGAAGUGGAUGUGUGGAAUUCCGAAAAUGAGAUGUCUUUGGCCCUACCCCCGAGACAACUCUACGGAGCGUUUAUGUGAAAUUAGGCAUCUGCUAACCCUUUUUCGGCCAGGCCAAGUUAUAUAUUCGAUAGAGUGGCGUCCGACAAUAGCUGUAAUACGCACGGGCUCUAGUUAUAGCGUGCGCACGCAUUUUCUGUUCGAGUUGUCUCGUCUCGGGUGGGCAAGACAAGGCGUUUACAUGAUAA